UCUCUCUCUCUCUCUACUCUUUUGUUUUCUUCAUCAACCUCUUUCCUCUUCAACAACUCUCCAUUUUCAUCUCUCUCUCUCUCUCUCUCUCUCUCUCUCUCUCUCUCUCUCUCUCUCCCCCCACAUACACACACGUAAAGUUCCUUCUAUUUUUCACUCUGUGUCUCUCACUAGGUCAAGAUUGACACCUUAAAGAUGCCAACUUGGUGGCCGGGGAAAAAAUCAAGCAAGACGAAAGAAGAUCAAAAGAACAAGUAUAGCAACAACACUAUACAUCAAAGCUUGAGCAAAGACAAUAAAAAUCGAAUCUUUAAAGAUUCCAAGCCAAGAAGCUUUGAUGAUGUCUCUUCUGCUGUUAUAAACAAAGGCUCUCCAAGAAUUAGCAAAGAAAUCAAUAAAAAUGGAAGUGGGUCAUCUGGCUUUUCGGGUUUUGAUUCGGAUCAAAGGGCCCAUCCUUUGCCUAGACCUUGUAAUUCAACACUUGGGGUUGAUCAAACGGGUGGGUUGGGAUCUGGGUCGGCUUCUGUUUCUAGUGUUAGCUCUUCUGGAUCCUCUGAUGAUCACUCUCAGUUUGGGAUUUUUAGCAGAGGGCAUGAUGAUACCAAGUUUCUCCAACCACCAAGGAGCCCAGGCCCAGGAUCUAGAGUGGCAACCACCACUUCGUCGCCCCGUCAUCCACGAUUUUCCGGCACAAGUCUGGAAUCACCUGAAAAGUUAGAUGAUGGAAAAAUUGAAUGUCAUCCUCUUCCUCUUCCGCCAGGUUCUCCCACUAGCCCUUCUACCUUGCCGAAAUUAAGAACUCCUGCUACGGUAGAUCAUUCGCCAUGUCAGUUGUCGAAGUGGAAAAAAGGAAAACUUCUAGGAAGAGGCACUUUUGGCCAUGUAUACCUUGGAUUUAACAGUGAGAGUGGGCAAAUGUGUGCGAUAAAGGAAGUAAGGUUGGUUAUAGAUGACCAAACUUCAAAGGAAUGUCUCAAGCAAUUGAACCAGGAAAUCGCGUUGCUUAGUAAACUGUCGCAACGGAACAUUGUUCAAUACCUUGGAAGUGAACUGGGUGAAGAGACGCUGUCUGUUUACUUGGAAUAUGUUUCUGGUGGUUCCAUACAUAAAUUACUUCAGGAGUAUGGCGCGUUUGGGGAGCCAGUUAUACAAAAUUACACCAGGCAAAUUCUCUCUGGGCUUGCCUACUUACAUGGAAGAAAUACAGUACACAGGGAUAUCAAAGGUGCAAAUAUAUUGGUAGAUCCCAAUGGAGAAAUCAAGCUCGCAGACUUUGGCAUGGCGAAACAUAUUACGAAUUGUACUUCAAUGCUCUCUUUCAAAGGAAGUCCUUAUUGGAUGGCACCUGAGGUUGUUAUGAACUCCAAUGGAUAUAAUCUUGCGGUUGACAUAUGGAGCUUAGGAUGCACAAUUCUAGAAAUGGCCACCUCGAAACCACCCUGGGGCCAGUAUGAGGGGGUGGCUGCUAUAUUUAAGAUUGGAAACAGCAAAGAGAUUCCUGAAAUUCCUAAUCAUCUAUCUCCCGAUGCCAAAAAUUUUAUAAGACUGUGUUUGCAACGCGACCCAGUUGCACGACCUACUGCCGCCCAACUAUUAGAACACGCUUUCGUCAGAGACCAAGCUACCACAAGAGUUGCCAAUGUAAACAUAACAAAGGAAGCGUUCCCCCACACUUUUGACGGGAGCCGCACACCGACUGCACAAGAGAUGCGAUCUAACAGAACAAAUAUCAGUUCUUUUGAUGGAGAUCAUCUUCGUGCAACAAAAUCCUCUUUCGAUGUGGAUAAUUUUCGUGCAACAAAAUCAGGAUUCACAGCAUCAAGAGAUUUGAUCAUCCCAAGAAACAACGCAAGAAACAUUAUUUCUUUGCCAGUAUCUCCUACUUCAAGUCCCUUGCGACAGUAUGGACCUGCAUAUCAGAGUUGCUAUUUAUCUCCUCCACACCCAUCGUUUGCCAUGCCAGGGCAGAGCAGUUACAAUAAUUCUAACGAAUUUCCUGUGAGAUCCAACACAAAAAACUUUCCGGAUCCAUGGUUUGAAAUUCCCCAAUACAAGUCCCAAACACCACCCAACAGAUCUCCGAGGAGAGGACCUAUUUGAGUACCAAGAUGUGAAACUGACACACUCCAAUCUAGGUUGCUGACCAGUUAAGUGGUAGCGCACCAUACACGGUAUAUGUAAGUAUCUGCUAUUCCAUUUGCUCCCCAUCGUUGAUUCUAAUGCCUAAUCGGAGUCUGGAUGUGAAGUAGAGGUUUUGCUUGUGACACGACUGGUAUCUAUUGUGAAUGUAGUCUCUCCCUUUACGCGAGGGAAUGUAAAUGCAAGGUGGCUACGAUGAUCUUUACAUUUGUAUUCGAAAAUACAGAAAUUUGUCUCUGGAAAGACAUGGACAUCCAAGAGGAAGCUAGAUAGGGAAAAGAGUUUGCUGUUUACAAAUCUUGCUAAUAUGAAUUAUUUUUCUCUAA